AUGUCUGCGACCGAUCCUCAAACGGCAGAGGCGUCCACUGCCGCUCCUCCAGCCGACGAAGCCUCAAAUCAAUCGCCCCAAGAACGGCUGGCUGGACUUGUUGCCAAAGCCACCGCCGAAUAUGCCGUCAAACAUUACUCGGAGGCCGCCGAACUGUACUCCGAGGCGUCCGAGUUACAAGCAGAAGUCAACGGGGAACUGGCACUAGAAAAUGCGGACCUGUACUACUCUUACGGAAAAUGCCUCUAUUUUGUUGCGCAACAGACAAGUUCGGUAUUGGGUGGGACGGUGGCGUCAGCUCAGCUGUCGCGCAACAAGGACAAGAAGGCCCCUAAGAUCCGGAAAGCAUAUGCCGUCGCAAGGGCCGAAGAGUCUGCAGGCAGCCCCGCGGCGGGUGAGAGCUCCAACACGCUGGCGACAGUUCUAGAAGAGCCGGUGUCAAACGUUGGUGAUGUUGUUCCAGAAGAUGAUGUGAAGCCAGAACAGCCGGCUUCAGACAAGCCCUUGUUUCAAAUCACAGGUGAUGAUGAGAACUGGGAUGAGUCGGAAGACGACGAGGCAGACCAAGAUCAAGAGGCUGAGGAGGAGGAGGAAGAAGACGAUUUUGCAACAGCAUACGAGCUUUUAGAUCUGGCGCGUAUCCUGUACCUGCGAAAGCUGGAUCAAACGCAGGAAACAGUCUUGGAGGACGCCGAGAAAGGGAAGUACGUCGCAUCGAUAGAUCUCACCCCUGAAGUCAAAUCCCUCAAAGCACGUGUGGCCGAUAUCUACGAUCUCCAGGCAGAAGUUUCCCUGGAAGGGGAGAAAUAUUCAGCUGCUGUGACAGACCUCAAGGCGUGUCUUGCCUUGCGCGAGGAGCUCGAAUCUCCCGAGUCAAGUAUCUUGGCCGAAUGUCAUUACAAACUCAGUUUAGCUCUCGAAUUUGCUUCGCAGACGCAACAGCGUGAUGUGGACGGCAACCCCACGGGCGACAUUCAAGUCGACUGGGACAUUCGGAACGAAGCUGUUGCCCAGCAAGAAAAAGCUAUCGACUGUUGCAAACUGCGUGUUGCAAAAGAAACUGCAGCCCUAGACACGAUAGAGGCAGGCGCUCAGAAGGACAAGGCCAUGGCGCAUAUCAAAGACGUCCAGGAUAUGAUCGGUGAGAUGGAAGUUCGGCUCUCUGAGCUUCGCAGCCCACCUGUCAGUGUGAAGGCCGAGACGGACAAUGAGAUGAAAGAGCAGAUCUCCGGGGUCCUUGGAAACAUCUUUGCCAGUGGUGCUUCUGAAGAGGAGAGGAAGGCAAAACUGGCACAGGUUUCAGAGACAGCCACCGAUUUAACUGGGUUGGUGAAGAGGAAGAAGCCUAAAAAUGCACAGGCAAAUGGCGGUGACAGUGGUUUGGGAUCUGCGGCGUCCACUCCUGCAGCCGUGCCAGCAGUUGCCGAAGAGUCUGGUUCUCGGACGACCAAGAGUAAUGGCAAGCGGAAAGUGGAAUUUGUGGACGAGGUUGAGGAUGUAGAAGCUAGUAAAAGGACGAAGGGGGAGGAGGCUGAAGGUUCCGCUAUUUAG